CUCCCUCGCUCGCCCUCCUCCCUCCUCCUCCUCGCAGAGUGUGAGGAGAGCGCAAAGCCUCCCGCCUCCGGGUCCCCGCCCUUCUUCCCCUUCUCAGUCCGCAGCGCCCAGGGAAAGAAAGAGAGGAAGAAAAAAGAGAGAGCGAGCCAGCGGGCCCCGAAGGCGCCCACCCUCGACCCGCAGGCCGGCUCACCUUCCUUCCUUCCCUUCCUCCCUGCGGCCCCUCGGACCCCUCUCCUCCUCCUCCGCCCGUCCGUCCAGCAGGAGCCCCGCGGCGGCGGCGCCAUGGGCUGCACCGUGAGCGCCGAGGACAAAGCGGCCGCCGAGCGCUCCAAGAUGAUCGACAAGAACCUCCGCGAGGACGGCGAGAAGGCGGCCAGGGAGGUCAAGCUGCUCCUCCUCGGUGCAGGGGAGUCUGGGAAGAGCACAAUCGUAAAACAGAUGAAGAUUAUCCAUGAGGAUGGAUACUCAGAGGAAGAGUGUCGGCAGUAUAAAGCCGUGGUUUAUAGCAACACCAUCCAGUCCAUUAUGGCUAUCAUCAAGGCAAUGGGAAACCUGCAGAUUGAUUUUGGGGAUCCUGCAAGAGCGGAUGAUGCCCGCCAGUUGUUUGCACUCUCUUGCACUGCAGAGGAGCAGGGAAUCAUGCCAGAAGACUUGUCCAAUGUGAUUCGGAGACUGUGGUCAGAUAAUGGAGUCCAGGCCUGUUUUAAUCGUUCCCGAGAGUAUCAGCUGAAUGACUCCGCUGCAUACUACCUGAAUGAUUUGGAGAGGAUAGCCAGAGUGGAUUACAUUCCCACCCAGCAAGAUGUGCUGAGAACCAGAGUGAAGACUACAGGCAUUGUAGAGACUCACUUCACCUUCAAGGACUUACAUUUCAAGAUGUUUGAUGUGGGGGGGCAGAGGUCAGAGAGAAAGAAAUGGAUCCAUUGCUUUGAAGGAGUGACAGCCAUCAUCUUCUGUGUUGCUCUCAGUGCAUAUGACUUGGUUCUGGCUGAAGAUGAAGAAAUGAAUCGGAUGCAUGAGAGCAUGAAGCUGUUUGAUAGCAUCUGUAACAACAAGUGGUUCACUGAUACAUCCAUUAUCCUCUUCCUCAACAAGAAGGAUCUCUUUGAGGAGAAGAUCAUCCAUAGCCCCUUGAGCAUCUGCUUCCCAGAGUACACAGGGGCCAACAAAUAUGAUGAAGCUGCUGGCUACAUCCAGAGCAAGUUUGAAGAUCUAAACAAGAGGAAGGACACCAAGGAAAUCUAUACCCACUUCACUUGUGCCACUGAUACCAAGAAUGUGCAGUUUGUCUUCGAUGCUGUCACUGAUGUCAUAAUCAAAAACAACCUGAAGGAUUGUGGGCUCUUCUAGCUCUUCGGGUGACACCUGCUGAGGAACUCAAGAAGGAUUACUUGAACUGCUCCCUAUGAGGAAGAGGCUGGUAUUGAUGAAGGGAGGACUGCACCAUUUAACAACUUCUGCUUCUUAAGUUUCUGUUUCAUUCCUUUUUCAUUUUCCUAAUGAGGAGACUUUGACAACUCUGUCUGUCCAAGGGACAGGCCCCAUUGCUAUCCCUGCUCUGUGGUGUUCCAGGUGCCUCUUGCAGGCCAUUUCUAUCCUCUCCCUGUGCCCACAAAGCCUUACUGAAGCACCAAUGAUUGGUGGCCUGCCAUAGCUGUAACAUUUCCAUGUAUGUCCUUUUCUUUCCUGUUAAGCUCAAGUGCAGAAGGUAGCAGGUCAAGGGGCGCUGGAUAUGUUUUUAAUGUUCUUGCUUACAUAUUUUGAAAAACCAAUUUCUAAAGGAUUUUUGUUUGUUUCUGUUCUUGUCCAAGCAGCCCUCAAUCUGGCUCUGCCAAAGCAAUCCACGGUCCCCAUUUGUUUUCCACCUUCCAUCAGGGGUAACUCUUGCCGUGGGGCAAGCUUCUCAGCCCCUACCUCUGUAAUUUGCACAAACCAGCAUGAAAUCAAAAACAUUCCUCAAAGAAGCCAAUUUGUGCAGGAAAAGUCAGUAUCUUUUUUCUUUUUUUCUUUUUUAAAAAGGAAACCUUUUUGAAAACCUUAUUUAAAAUGACACAUAGUUAACAGUUGAGUUGCCCAAUAUGAAUUCAUCUUCUCUAGUAAAUUUGGUGCCUUGAGGGUGUCUGUAUGUUUACAUCUGUUCCUUAGUUUGCUUCAACGUGCAUUGUGUUUAGAUUAGUAUGGAAUUGGUCUCCUUUCCCCCUUUUUUCCAGCCCUUUUCUCUCUUUCUGCUGUGGUCCAGGGUAAGAUUUUUAUGAGGGGGGUACCCAAGGAUCUAAAACACAUUUCUUCCUGGCCACAGGAGUAGGCUCCUAAGGGCUAAGAUUCCACUAAGGACUAAGUAAUGUCAAUGUCGACUUCUUUCCAUUCCUUUGUGCCCUACCCCAGGGCCCGGGGGGUUGAUCCUGAGGUUGCUGUAAUGUCAGGUCUAUUUUAAAGAAUUUUCUUAGCUCUAACUGUAGCGUCCGUUGAGGAAACACUGCUGUAUGUAAGCGGUCCUGCCUGCCUGCCUGCCGUGCAAUCGAUGGGCACUGGGGCCAUUAGUAACCAUCAAGACGCAGCCUAGCUUUUAUCACAAUGUUUUAUCAAAUUUGUUCACAAUGUUUGAAAUAAUAAAAAGUAGAAAGAAAGCUCUGUUUGCACUGCAUUUGCUUCUCUUCCGCUGCAUCCCCAACGAGCCUGUGCACUUAUCUGUGAUGGUUCAGCGUGGGCUUUUGCAUCAGCAUGGGAAAUUUCCUUUCACACCAAAGAGAUUUCCUGGGCAGUUUCUGCUUUGAACUGGGCCUAUGAGAAUGCAGCACGGCACAGAAGGAACGCUUCACUGUUAUGGCCCCAGGGCCCAAACUCUCAGUCUGGCAUCAUGUGCGCUGCAGGCAUCUCGUUGUUUGCAUGUGGUUGGGUUGGCUCACUGACUGCCGACCACAGCAUUCCUUUCUGUGACAGCCAAAGUGGAAUUAACAUUUGACUACCCAGACUCUAGGGCAGAGACUCCUCUUUGUGUUUGGGGCUAUGCUAUCAUGUAACCAAAAGGAUCAAGGGAAAGACAGGAGAUCCAGUCUUCUCCCCUUCUUGCAUUCCAUUAAAAUUCUUCAUAGUUUCAA